AUGAAUCGAGAGGACGCUAGAAGAUUCUUUGAGUUGCUGGAUGAAGUUUUAACAAAAAAUGGUCUAAUGGAAAAACCUUCUUGUAUAUUUAACAUGGAUGAAACAGGCGUACAACUCCUAAAUAAACCUAGUAAAGUUGUAACGAAGAAAGGUAGCAAAGAUGUACAUGUAUUAACGUCGAAAGAACGCGGAGAGAAUGUCACAGUGAUUGCUUGCUGCAGUGCAGAUGGCACGUUUAUUCCUCCAGUUCUUAUUUUUAAAGGGGUUAACAGAAAACCGGUGCUUUCAGAUGGCUUGCCCCCUGGAUCUAAGGUGAACAUGAACAGAAAGUCUUCCUUCAUUAAUUCGGAGCUCUUCGUUCAGUGGUUGGUGGAGCAAUUCAUACCACAUAAACCAGCCGAUGAUGAUGAGCCCCUCGUAAAAAUGAUCAAGAAAGCCACUUCCAACGCAAAAGUCAGCAAUAACACUUGGACUUCAGAUGAUGAUGAUAAAAUUCCCAUGAAAAGGGCCAAAAACGACGGUCAUGAUGAUAAUGAAUAUUUGUGCGUGGAGUGUUACGAACCUUACGAGCAAACUACGAAGAAAGAGGACUGGCUAAAAUGUUUAAAGUGUCAAAAGUGGUUGCACGAAACUUGCACGAUGUAUGGAGAGGUCUGUAAUGUGUGUUCUAGACAGAAACUAUGCGAAAAAAACACCAAAUACUCAACUUAA